AUAAUUAAUGACGUCGCGCUGUAAACACGACUGACGCUCAGCUGCGUGGCCGAAGCAUCCUCAAGACCCCCAGACCUCUCCAGGUUCCCGUGUUUAUCUCUCGACGGGACCGCUGAAAGGCACUGAAACAACUGCGGUUCACCUCGACUCUCAUAUGCGGUCUCCGAAACCAAGACGACGGUGCUGCAUCUGUCCUACCAAGUGCCAUGGCUAGAAAGACGGACACCCCCACCUCUUACUAUGGUGAGCCACGCAAGUUUGACCCUAGCUUCAGAGGGCCUGUUCAUAACAGGAGCUGUACUGAUGUGGUUUGCUGUAUUAUCUUCAUCAUCGUCAUCCUCGGCUACAUCGCUCUGGGUACCGUGGCCUGGAUCCAUGGCGACCCCAGGAAGGUCAUCUAUCCAACCAACAGCCACGGUCAGUUCUGUGGCCAACAGAGCACCCCCAAUGCAAACAAAGCCAUAUUAUUCUACUUCAACAUGUUGAAAUGUGCCAAUCCUGCAGUUUUAAUUAACCUCCAGUGCCCUACCACCCAGCUCUGUGUCUCCAAGUGCCCUGACAGAUUUGCAACUCUCCUGGAUGCGUGGAAUACCAAAAACUGGGACUAUUACAAGCAAUUCUGCAAGCCGGGCUUCGAGAUUGGCAGCAAGUCAGUUGCAGAAGUCAUACAAGAUGAAGACUGCCCGUCUAUGAUUGUGCCAAGCAGACCUUUCCUUCAGCGGUGCUUCCCUGAUUUCAUUACAAGAAAUGGAAUUUUAACUGUAGCCAAUCAGACCAUCUUCAAAGACGGUGACAAUAACCAGAGAAGUGUCAGCGACCUCAAAGAUGCUGCCAAGGCUGCCAGCUCUGCACCCAGAGAGCUCUGGACAGAUAUUUCAGGAGGUAUUGCCAAUCUGCUGAAUGCCAAAGAAGUUGGCAUGAAGAUCUUUGAGGAUUAUGCAAAUUCCUGGGACUGGAUCCUCAUUGGUUUCCUGAUAACCAUGGUGGUCAGUCUGAUCUUUAUCUUGCUGCUGCGCUACACUGCUGGUGUGCUCCUGUGGCUCAUUAUCUUCGGUGUCAUCGCUGUGGUCGGCUACGGUAUCUGGCACUGCUACAUGGAGUACAGUACUCUGAGCGGGAAGCCAGGUGCUAAUAUCACCAUCUCUGAAAUUGGUUUCCACACAGACUUCGGCGUUUACCUUGAGCUCAGCCAAACGUGGCUCAUCUUCUUGAUCUCGCUUUCUGUGAUUGAGGCCAUCAUUGUGAUUCUGCUUAUAUUUCUGAGGAUGAGGCUGCGCAUUGCUAUUGCCUUACUGAAGGAGGGAAGCAAGGCCAUCAGCUACAUCAUGUCCACUCUCUUCUACCCUAUCAUCACCUUUUUCCUUCUGGCCAUCUGCAUCGCAUACUGGGCCGUCACUGCAGUCUUCUUAGCAUCAUCUGGUAAUGCAGUCUACAAGGUCACAUCUACUGACGAUAAAUGCAUGUAUGCCAACCACACAUGUUAUCCAGAGACCUUCAGUCAGACCAAUUUUACCAAAGUGUGCCCCGGAUCAAAAUGCAUGUUUGCCUUCUACGGUGGGGAGUGCAUCUACCACCGCUAUAUCUUAGUCCUCCAUCUGUUUAACCUGUUCGUGUUCCUCUGGCUGGUCAACUUUACCAUUGCGCUGGGCCAGUGCACGCUGGCUGGAGCCUUCGCGUCCUAUUACUGGGCCCUGAAGAAGCCAAACGACAUCCCUGCCUGCCCGCUCUACUCAUCUUUUAGCCGAGCCAUACGUUACCACACAGGUUCUCUCGCCUUUGGUUCUCUGAUCGUCGCUGUGGUGCAGUUGUUCCGAAUUGUUCUUGAGUACCUGGAUCACAAACUGAAAGGUUCUCAAAGGGCAUUUGCUCGAUUCCUGCUCUGCUGCCUCAAAUGCUGCUUCUGGUGCCUGGAACAUUUCAUCAAGUUUAUAAACAGAAAUGCAUACAUUAUGAUAGCAAUAUAUGGGAAGAACUUCUGCACCUCCUCCAAGGAUGCUUUCUUCCUCUUGAUGAGGAAUGUUAUUCGGGUGGCUGUCCUGGACAAGGUGACAGACUUUCUGCUCUUCUUGGGAAAACUGCUUAUUUCAGGAAGUGUCGGUGUUCUUGCAUUUUUCUUCUUCACACGUAAAAUACCAGUCAUUCAAGAGGAGGUGCCGGCUCUAAAUUACUGCUGGGUCCCCCUUCUGACGGUGAUAUUUGGAUCCUACAUGAUUGCAGAUGGCUUUUUUAACGUCUAUUCGAUGUGCGUGGACACAUUGUUCCUGUGCUUUUGUGAAGACCUGGAGAGGAAUGACGGUUCUUCUUCCAGGCCCUACUACAUGUCUCCUGGCUUGCACAAGAUCCUGCGCAAAGGAGAGGAGGGUGCCAAAUUAUGCGCUGCCUCCUGAGCGAUGUGCGGCCAAUUUACUGAACUGUUGACUCUCUCACUCACUUCUCCAUAUCUACUGUAUGUGUGGGGGGGUCUGGACGUUGGAGAGCGAGUACUGUAGGGCUAAACAUCAAAACUGGAUGCAUCCCAGCCUGUUCAGGGAUGGCCUGGACAUGAAAGGACAUGCUUUUACUUCAGUUCCUCACAGAAAAGGCAUGGGGGGACUAGAAAAAGACCUCUGUUUACUUCCUCUCUUGAGCCAACUCAGAUACUUGCCUUUUUUUCUGCCACGCUUAUGUUCCUUUUCUUUAUUCUUCUCUGUAUUCUCUGCUGACCUCUGCCUUACUGAGAGGGUAUGUGUCAACUCGCAGGACAGACACACAGGCUGAGAUGAAUAUGACAAGAGCAUUUUUACCCAAACAAAACAUGAGGAGCUUAAACAUGUACAGAUGCCACUGAUGGACUAUGGCAUAAGGCAUCACCGUGAAAAAGUGAUGGACUUAUGGGGCACCCUCCUGUCGCACUUUGGUCUUCUAGUGUAAAAGUGUAUGCACUUUCACAUAUGGGAAAAGAACCAUGUGAUUUAUUUCUUCUGUCUAGCAUGAUUAUUUUGCUGGCUGUUGAUGUUUACCAUUGAUUUUAUAGGUUGCUUUGAUCCAUCAUAUUUAUACUAACACAAACACACAGAUCCAAAAAAUGGUGUGUAAUUCUGCACUUAGCGAAACAGGUUUCUCUCUUUUACAUCAUUUAAAAAAAAAAAAAAGGUCACAAUCAUUUAAAAGUUUCCUUUAUGGUCAUAGAUGUACUGUAAACCAGACAGAGACUUUGUGGGAGGUCAAGACUUAAAGAGACAUUUUAUGGUUUUUUGUUUAAAAUUUGAACAGAAGCUGACCGUUUUCAGGAAACUUCUGAAUGCAGCCACUAGUUUAUGUGCCUAGUUGUGAAAAAAAUAAAAAUUGUUCCUCUUAUUCUGUGGUUUUAGACCUAACACCAGGAACCUUUUUGCGAUACAGUUUAUAAAAGGAUGUCAAAGCCAUUUUUGGUAAAUUUUUUAUUGGAUGGUUCAGAUGUAGAGCUGUUUUAAUACUAAGUAUAAUACACACAUCUGUAUGGAGGUUAUUCAGUGUUCUUUUUGUAUAGAAGAAUUUUUUUUAUCAAUGAAAUCCAAUGAAAAUGUGAAAAUCAUUUUUUUGAAUAAACAUAAAUGGUUUAAGUAUUGUCCAGUGCAUUUUCAAAGUACCAUGUCUCUGGUU